AGUUUAUUGAAGAAAGUGAGGAGAACGAAGAAUUAAAUGAAGUUCAGGAGAAAAAUCAUGUCAAAACUGAAGAAAAACAUUUGAGUUGCCCUCAAACCAAACGGAAAGAUUUAAAGAAAAGAGGAGCCAAUAAAUCUUUCACCUGCACUCAGUGUGGAAAGAGUUUGACGAGCAAAUAUAAUCUUGAUGUUCACUUGAGAAUUCAUACUGGAGAGAGACCAUUCACUUGUGAUCAGUGCGGGAAGUGUUUCACACAAUCGUUAAGCCUUAAGGUACACAUGAAAAUCCACACUGGAGAGAAACAGUACAAGUGUUCACAGUGUGACAAGAGAUUCAGUCGGUCAGGAGACCUGAAGAAACACAAGUUAGUCCACACUGGAGAGAAACCGCACACAUGUGAUCAGUGUGGGAAGAGUUUCACACAAAAAGGAAGCCUUACGGCACAUAUGAGAGUUCAUACAGGAGAAAAACUGUUCAUAUGUAAUCAAUGUGGAAAGAGUUUUGCACACUUAACACACCUUAAGGAUCACAUGAACAGCCACACUGGAGAGAAACCUUAUAAGUGUUCACACUGUGACAAAAGAUUCAGUCGAUCAACACAUCUGAAGAAACACAAGGUAGUCCACACUGGAGAGAAACCGCACACAUGUGAUCAGUGCGGGAAGAGUUUCACACAAAAAGGAAGCCUUACGGCACAUAUGAGAGUUCAUACAGGAGAGAAACUGUUCAUAUGUAAUCAAUGUGGAAAGAGUUUUGCACACUUAACACACCUUAAGGAUCACAUGAACAGCCACACUGGAGAGAAACCUUAUAAGUGUUCACACUGUGACAAAAGAUUCAGUCGAUCAACACAUCUGAAGAAACACAAGGUAGUCCACACUGGAGAGAAACCGCACACAUGUGAUCAGUGCGGGAAGAGUUUCUCACAAAAAGGAAACCUUAUGACACAUAUGAGAGUUCAUACAGGAGAGAAACGGUUCAUAUGUAAUCAAUGUGGAAAGAGUUUUGCACACUUCGCAAACCUUAAGGUACACAUGAACAUCCACACUGGAGAGAAACCUUAUAAGUGUUCACACUGUGACAAGAGAUUCCAUAUGAGAGUUCAUACAGGAGAGAAACUGUACUCCUGUAAUCUUUGUGGAAAGAGUUUGAAAUGCAAAUAUAGUCUUGAUGGUCACAUGAGAGUUCACACUGGAGAGAAACCAUACACUUGUGAUCAGUGCGGGAAGAGUUUCACACAAUCAGUACAUGUUAAAGAACACAUGAGCAUCCACACUGGAGAGAAACCUUAUAAGUGUUCACACUGUGACAAGGGAUUCAAUAGGUCAGGAGGCCUGAAAAAACAUGAGAGGAUCCACAUUGGAGUGAAACCUUAUACGUGUUCACAAUGCAACAAGAGAUUCAGUCGUUCAUCAAGUCUGAAAACACAUGAGAGGAUCCACACAGGAGUGAAACCUUAUACGUGUUCACACUGCAACAAGAGAUUCAGUCAUUCAUCAAGUCUGAAAACACAUGAGAGGAUCCACACUGGAGAGACUUCAGGGGAAGCAGGAGAGGAAACCAUUGAUACGAUGGAGAUUGAAGUGUCGUCUGAUAAAGAUGUUCGACAGAAGACAAUGCCUCCCACUGAAAGCAGUACAGGAAAAGGAUGA